GGCUUCUCUCUGCCCAUACCCUUGUCUUUACAUCAUGUGCUGACGUUCACUUGAUGUUCCACCACAAUGCAGUGUGGUGCAUUUUUUUAUUUGCUCACACGACAACCGUCUGUCAACGCGAAGUUGAUCGCAACAGCUACGCACGGAAAACUCACGCGGAAACGCGAACCAUAUGACACGGUCUUUCUGUUUUUACGUACAUGUAAACGAGUACGCGAAAUCGCUCUGCAAUUAUGACGGUAAAUCGAGGCUUCAUCAAUGUGCUGACUCUCAGCCUGGGAUUUAUGUUUGUUUUUACAGCGUUUCAAACAAUGAGCAACAUAGAGAAAACUGUCCUAAGCAGCAUCCAUGAGGAGGACAAGAGUUUCACCGGUGACGCUUAUUUUAGUUUGGCAAUAAUUUACGGCCUAUUCGCAAGCUUUAAUUGGCUGGCGCCGUCGUACAUCUCGGUACUGGGUCCACGCGUAGCGAUUCUUACUGGCGCCUUAAGCUACGUUCUGUUCAUUGCUUCGUUCUUCUAUCCGCACGACGUUCUGCUGUAUGUCAUGUCAGCCGUGGUUGGAGUCGGCGCCGCCUUCAUCUGGACCGGACACGGCCAAUACCUGACGGAGAACAGCGAGGACGAGACUAUGUCGCGUAACGCUGGUGUAUUCUGGGCGAUCUUCCAGAUGUCGCAGUUCGCCGGCAACCUGUUCGUCUUCUUUAUGUUCACGAAGUCCAAUAUCGACAGCCAACAACGAAUGAUCGUUUUCAGCGUGCUGACUGGUGUAGCUGUGAUCGGCAUCGGCGUGCUGUUAACGCUGAAAAAAUCGCCGCAGAGGCUGACGCUCGGUGAGGCCGAAGGCGUCUCCAGCGCAGACAAAGAGCUGCGUAUGCCGGAACCGACGCGCCAGAAACCUCUGCAGGCUGCCUGGUGCGCCUUUGUAGAUGCGAUCAAACUCUUCCUCACGCCAGACAUGCUGCUGCUCUCUUUGACGUUUAUUUAUACUGGUCUCGAGCUUACCUUCUAUUCCGGCGUGUACUCGAGCAGUGUUGGCUUUACUGAGAAAAUAGGCGACAACAGGAAGAGGCUUGUGGGAUUAUCCGGUAUUUUUAUUGGAAUCGGUGAGGUCGUUGGUGGUGCGAUCUUCGGUAUCUUCAUGCCCAAGAUAUUUGGCAAUUGCGGCAGCUGGGCGGUAGUGAUCACCGGUCUGCACGUACAUCUGUUCGCCUUUAUCAGCAUCUUUCUGAAUCUGCCGAAUCUGGCAUUGUUCGGGGAUACAGACACCAUAAGCUACAUUAACCCUCCUUCGCCGAUCCUCGCAAUGGCAGGCAGUCUCGCUCUCGGUUUGGGCGACGCCUGCUUUAAUACACAGGUCUAUUCCUUACUGGGCGUGCUGUUCGUCAAGGAGAGCGCGCCAGCUUUCGCUCUCUUCAAGUUCUGCCAAUCAGUCGCCGCUGCCGUCAGCUUCUCGUACAGUACCAAAGUCGGACUGCACGUGCAACUACUUGUGCUGCUUAUAACUAUAUUCCUGGGUACGGGGACUUUUUGUUACGUCGAACGCAAGGCCAAGAAGUCGAAGAACGAAUCACCGCAAGAGAUUAAUCCGUCGUUGGUCCACGCUACGAACGGAGAAGAUUGAUAAAGGUAGCCAGAUGUGUAUUGUUUAGGAUGUGAAGUAAUAAAAAGAGUGGAAAACGCGCACGAGUCACAAACGUGGUUACUAAAUGGAAAAUAUCACAGGACAAUAAUAAGUCACAAUUGAAACAUAACGAGUACUAGGUAGCUCGAGCGCAGCGCAUUGACGCAAUUCCAAUAAUCAAGUACAAUAUAUUUUUUGCAAAUGAAAAUAUUGUAUAACAAAUAUGUUUUGUUAUGAUAUAAUCUGAAUUUGGUUUUGUUAAAAACGGUUGCAAUGUGUUAUAGCGAAUUUUAUCUUCCAAGAUUAGAUUUUUUGAUCGAGUGUUAUCAUGGUCAUCUCUACAAUUUCUACACAUAUGUAUUCAAAAUUUUCUACAUAUUUUAUUGGAGUCAUUACAUUUAUUACAGAUUAUUAUAUUUUAUUUAUAUUAUUAUAUUUCUUUUUUCUUGUGAAGCUAUUUGACGGUUUUCAAGUGUAGUAAGGGCAAGUGGGGUCAAGAGACAAGUUGGGAGUUGCAAAUAUUUUAAUAAUUAAAAUGUAUAAAGACAUGUUGAUGCUUGCAUAAGAAAGCGCGGAGACUACUACGCUGCAUACGUCGUCUGCGUAGUCCAACCGUCAACGAGUGAACACAAGCGGUAGUUUGUAAAAUUAUUAGAUGUUUAUUAAAUUGUUUGAAUAAAAAGUGGCCCAACUAGCCUCGUUUUA